AUGCAGGAUAAGGGUCAGGAGAUACGCGCCCACCUGUUCACCGUUUUUAUGGAUCUAAAGAAUUCGUUCGACACGGUGAAUCACACUGGGAUUCGUAAAGUCAUGCAAAAGUUCGGCUGUCCUGAGCACUUCACUCAUAUAGUGCGCAAGCUCCACGACGGAAUGAUGGUGCACGUCACGGACGACGUAUUGGUUUCCGAAGACUUCGCAGUGACGAAUGGAUUGAAGCAGCGCUGUGUCCUCUCGCCUACCCUCUUCAAUCUAAUCUUCUCUGUCAUGCUGACGGACGCCUACCCUGGCGAACAAAACGGCGUCAUGCGCCAACCGCUGCCGGGUGCUGACUACAACGCUACACGCAUCAACGUCAACUGCACCGAGCUCAAGAACGUGGACAACUUUGCCUAUCUCAGCAGCACGCUAUCCCGCAACACCCGAAUCGACGACGAGGUUGCUCACCGGAACACUAAAGCCAACCAGGCCUUCGGUCGGCUUCAAGCCUCUGUUUAG